AUGGGAAAGCCGAGACUCCUCAUUAUUGUCAGACACGGCCAGUCUGAAGGCAACAUCUACUUGCUCCCGCUUCUCAAGUUUGCAUGGUAUGCUGACAACCUGCUUCCCACCGUAGAAAACCGUGACAUCCACCAGACCAUCCCGGACCACCGAGUUCGCCUGACCCACGAAGGAUGGCAGCAGGCGUACGAUGCCGGUCGCCGUCUGCGUGCCCUUCUGCGCGCCGACGAUACCAUUCAGGUCUUCACAUCGCCGUAUCGCCGCACGCGUGAGACCACGGAAGGCAUUUUGCAGACGCUGACGUCAGACGACCCGGAACCCUCCCCGUUCAAGCGCAACAACAUCAAAGUCUACGAGGAGCCCCGUCUCCGCGAACAGGAUUUCGGCAACUUUCAGCCCUGCAGCGCGGAAAUGGAGCGUAUGUGGCAGGAACGUGCCGACUACGGCCACUUCUUCUACCGCAUCCCCAACGGUGAAAGCGCCGCCGACGCCUACGACCGUGUCUCGGGCUUCAACGAAAGCCUGUGGCGCCAAUUUGGCGAGGAUGACUUUCCCAGUGUUUGUGUUCUCGUCACACAUGGUCUCAUGUCACGCGUCUUCCUCAUGAAGUGGUACCACUUUAGCGUCGAGUACUUUGAGGACUUGCGCAACGUCAACCACUGCGAGUUCCUCAUUAUGCGCAAGCAGGGGGACAGCGGCAAGUACAAACUCGAGAGCAAGCUCCGCACCUGGUCCGAGCUGCGGCGCGAGCGGGCCGCGCUCCUUAAACAGAAAGAGGAACUCGCUUCCAAGGAGAAGAGCGAAAAGGGAGACAAAGACAGCGCCAAAUUGGAAAGGGCUGAAUCUGGUUUGUCCUCCCCGUCCUCCACAGCAUUGGUGCCGCAAAGACGAUGGGGCGGCUGUCCUAAUGGUUGCAAUCACGAUAAGAACUUCAAGAUCCGUCCUGGACUCGCCGAUUUAAUUCUACGCGACGGGACCAACGUCUAUGACAAUGCCAAUGGCAGCCCGCGCGCGUCGAAAUCCACGUCGGCGAUCAACAACCACGGCCACGGAAAAACCAGCGGCACUCCACCUUCGCUUUCUCGGCGGACCACCGCCGUGCGCCGCUUCCAGGUGGCUGGUUACAGCGACGACGACGAUGGCGGUGAUGGUGGCGAUGAAGUGGACGACGACAACCGGCCCUCAUCGCAGGCCUCGAACGACACGAGCAACGAUGCGUCCAGCAAGAGCGCAAUGCAUGCCGCAAAUGCAACUGGCAGCGGCAGUGGCGCAGCGGGUGGUUUGGCGCCUCCCCAUAUUGACAUUACGCGUGCCCGCGAGGAGAUUGUCUCGUCGCCCGACGCCACGCCCUCGUUUAUCACGCCCGAGGACCGCCAGCGGGUUGUUUCGCCCGGCAGCUCGCCGCCACCCAUGCCCAAGUCAUUAUUGCAUAUUGGGCGCGAUUUCGGCGGGACGUACAGUGGACACACAAGCGACGCCGACUCGUCUGAGGACGACCGCGUGCGGCACCGCAUGGCACACUUGAAGCUGCACGCUGGCAGCUCCACGGAGUCGGGUGCGCAGUACACGCGCAGCCACAGUCACGGCCACGGCCACAACUAUUAUGGCAGUCACAGCAGCGACAGGUUCGUGUACGGCACGCUUGAUGCCGUUGCUGCGUCUGCCACGAUGCCGCGCAGUGGUACAAGCAAGACGGAGGCUGCGGCGGCAGUGUCUACGCUGCAAGGCGGACCCAUGUCGGCCGGUAGUGUGGGUGGUGGCUCGUCCAACCUGAGCAACAUUCGCAAGAAACGCACCAAGAACAUGGCCAACCGCUUGGGCGACGCGCCGUACUGCAGCGACUGCGACCACGACCACGAUCACGAUCACGAUCACGACCACGACCACGACCACGGCGACACCACGGACGUGGGUGCUGACGAGUUGCACGCGACCGAUGAGCUUCUCAAUGCGGAUGUCGUCCUCAUCGACUCGAACGGAGACGAUGCGACCGACGUCGACCCUGACAUGGCCCAAGCGGAGCGCGAUGACAAGAGCAUCCAGGGCAGCGUCUACUGA